UAAAGAUUAAGCGUUUAAGUACUCUCUUAUGUCGUUUCCUUUUUGUUUACGAAACAAAAGGUUACAAGCAUAGUCGCGAAGAAUUUCAAUGCGGUUGAACUUCCAUCUGUUUUAUGCUUCCAUGGUUUGAUCAAAAAUGUUUUUUUGGAACAAAAAACAUCGCCGCGUAUCUAAUUCGUCGUGUCGCUCUCUGACUUCACGUGUUAAUGAUAUUUGUAAAAUAUGCCAUAACGAACAAACAAAAAAUGAUGCGUUUGUUUCUCCGUGUCUUUGUUCGGGUUCAUUACUUUAUGUUCAUCAAAGUUGCAUACAAAAAUGGAUUAAAAUGACUGGUGCAAAAAGUUGCGAGUUAUGUCAGUAUGGUUUCAAUAUUGAAUCUACUACUAUUCCAAUAAGAAAGUGGAAAAGUUUUGAGCUAUCGCCUAACGAACGUCGAAAAUUAUUGUGUACCGUUUCUUUUCAUAUAGUAGCAGUUACAUGUAUGGUUUGGUCUUUAUGUGUUCUUAUUAAUCACACUGCAGAAGAAUUUAAAAGAGGCAAUUUUGAAUGGCCAUUUUGGAUCAAACUUGUUGUUUCAGUAAUUGGUUUUAUAAGUAUUGUUGUUUUUAUGUACGUGCAUAGCAAAUUUUAUGUGAAGUUAUUUUUAAGAUUAAAGACAUAUAACCGUGCAAUAUUUAUAACAAAUGUUUCAGAAAUUGAAAAAGAAAGAUUUAAGACUCAUUUUGUUGAAAUACAAGACAAAGAGGUUGAACUACAUAAAGAAUGUCAAAUAAAUCAAGAUUAGGAUUUGAUUUUAAUGAAAUAAAAGAUUUUUUUUCAUUUUUUUCA